AGUGCCGCCAUGCCCGAACCGCGCGGGUCGUCACCCUUGCGGGUGAACGCUGCUUUUGCCGCGCGGUACGGCCGCUACCGGGAGCGGGAGGAGCUGCAGCGCCUGAAGGAUCGCUACGGGGACCGGGACAGCGGCGGUGACUCCAGCUCCGAGUCUGACUCCAGCGAGGAGCGCGUGGAGUUUGACCCCCAGCAGGAGCGUGACUUUUACAGGACCCUUUCUUUAUUGAAGAAGAAGGACCCCCGCAUUUAUCAGAAAGAUGCCACCUUCUAUCAGAGAACAGCAUCAUCCUCAUCCUCAGAGAGUGAGGAGGAACCAGCGGCCUUGGAGAAGCAGAAGAAGGUGCGGCCCAUGUACUUGAAAGACUAUGAGAGGAAGGUUAUCUUAGAGAAGGAAGGCAAAUAUGUUGAUGAGGAGAACUCAGAUGGGGAGACCUGCCAUCAAAGAGUCAAGCAAAUCUCGUCGCAAAGUUAUGCGGAAGAACAGAAGCAGCUCAAGGAAAGCUUCCGGGUGUUCGUGGAGGACAGUGAGGAUGAGGACAGUGCUGGGGAAGGUGGCUCUGGGUUGCUGCAGAAACAUGCAAAAACCAAGGAAGAGAAGGCCCAGGAGGAGGCUGACUACGUGAAGUGGCUGAAGGGACAGAAGGAGAUUCCGAAUCCCGAGUCCCUGAAGGAACUGACACAUCUCAAAGAAUAUUGGAAUGACCCAGAGCUGGACGAAGGGGAGCAAUUCCUACGGGAUUAUAUCCUCAACAAACGCUAUGAGGAAGAGGAAGAUGAGGAUGAAGAGGAGGAGGAAGAGGAAGGGGUCCUCGGUCCCCCAGUCCAGCUGGCUGUGGAUGAUUCCUCAGAUGAGGGGGAGCUGUUCCUGAAGAAGCAGGAAGACUUUGAGCACAAGUACAACUUCCGGUUUGAGGAGCCAGACUCGGCCUCGGUCAAGACCUAUCCACGUAGCAUUGCCUCCUCUGUGCGCCGCAAGGAUGAACGCAGGAAGGAGAAGAGGGAAGAAACCCGGGAGCGGAAGAGGAGGGAGAAAGCCAGGAAGCAGGAGGAGCUGAAGCAACUGAAGAACCUGAAGAGGAAGGAGAUUCUGGCGAAGCUAGAGAAGCUGCGGAAGGUGACCGGCAAUGAGACACUGGGCCUUGAGGAGCAGGACCUUGAGGAUGAUUUUGACCCUGCCCGACAUGACCAGCUUAUGCAGAAAUGCUUUGGAGAUGACUUCUAUGGCACCGCGGAAGAGGAGAAGCCACACUUUGAGGAAGAGGAAGGGUUGGAAGACAACUGGAACUGGGACACAUGGGAUGGACAGGAGCAGGACGGAGCUUGGAGCCAGCAGGAGCCACACUGUGAGGACCCAGACUUCAAUAUGGACGCUGACUAUGACCCCAGCCAGCAGCGGAAGAAGAAGCGAGAGAUCCCCUCCACAGGCAAGAAGAAGCGCAAAUCACCCUUUGCCACAGCUGUGGGGCAGGACAAACCUGUGUUCAACCCUGAGGACAAGACCUUUGAGGAGUACCUGGAUGAAUAUUACCGGCUAGACUAUGAAGACAUCAUUGAUGACCUCCCCUGUCGCUUCAAGUACCGUACUGUGGUGCCCUGUGACUUUGGACUCAGUACUGAGGAGAUCCUUGCUGCUGACGACAAGGAGCUGAAUCGGUGGUGUUCCCUGAAGAAGACCUGCAUGUACAGGUCAGAGCAGGAGGAGCUGCAAGACAAGCGGGCGUAUAGCCAGAAGGCCCAGAACUCAUGGAAAAAGAGGCAGAUCUUCAAGUCGCUCUGCCCAGAAGAGACACAGAUGCCCACAGAAGCCACAAGGAAGCCACAGAGAGACAAAGCUGACAAACAGGGGCAGCUGCUGGUGCCUGAUGGGACCUGUGGGAAGCGGCCCCUGCCAGACAGCCCCCCAGCACAGGAAGAGGAGGUAUCUGUUUCACCCAUUGAAAAGCCAGCCCCCCAGAGACGGAAGAGGGGCAAGAAGGCACGGCUACUGGGCCCCACGGUGACACUUGGUGGCCGGGAGUUCAGCCGUCAGAGACUUCAGGCCUUUGGCCUCAAUCCCAAACGGCUGCACUUCCGCCAGCUGGGCAAGCAACGAAGGAAACAGCAUGGCCCCAAAAGCUGCCCCUGAAGACCAUGGAACAGACAGGGUGCGGGGUUCCUUCCCUGGGCCAGGUCUUCCCUCCUGCCAACCUGUGCUGUAUACCUGCUCUGGGGAACUUCAUGUCUACCUGCCGGCAGGGAGGGGUAUCUUCCUCCCUUAAAGAUGAUGAAAUUGAGGCUGGCUUAACUGGCUUCCCCAGGUGGUUUGGAAAGCUGAUCUUGAACAACCCUGGACCCUCCAUCCCCUUGCAGUGAAUGCUGAGUCUAGCCAUUUCCAUGUUCAAGUUCAGCAGCUUUAUUAUCCCCCAGCAGCCAAAGUUCCCCUAACGGGGAGCUUUGGGAACACGAGGGGCACAGCUGGUCCAGUGCAAACUACAGUACUUGAGUCAGGCCCUGAGUGAGUGCCCGGGAGUCCUCUCACUCCCUGCCUGUGAGGAGGACUCAGCUGGCAGGAGGUGGGCUGCCUGGGGCUCAUCCCCUGCUUCAGUAGCCCCAGCCCCGUGGACUACUAGACAGGUCUCAGCUGGGUUGGUGGAGAGGGUGAGAAUGGGAAAUCCUAUCACCAGGGUUCUAGAUCCCAUGCCCAAGAUGACAUAAAUAAAAAAAUAAAUAGUCUUGCAUCUUUCCCCCGAUCCCAUUAUAAAAACACAAAGUCCUCGGAGCUUGGACGCUUGGCCUUGAGGAGGCGCCCUGUGCGAGGGAGGCGCAG